GCUACUCCCAUCAUGUCUUGCUGUGGAGCUUACCGACAGGACUGCUGCAGUGUCCCCACCGGGCCAGCCACCACCAUCUGCUCUUCAGACAAAUGCUGCCGGUGUGGAGUCUGCCUGCCCAGCACCUGCCCCCAUGAGAUCAGUCUUCUCCAGCCUAUCUGCUGUGACUGCUGCCCUCCUCCUUGCUGUGUGCCUGAUGCCUAUGUGCCAUCUUGCUGGCUGCUGAACUCCUCCAACCCCAGACCUGGUCUUUAUGGAAUCAAUGUGACCACCUACACUGAGCCUUGCUGUGAGCGGGAGAGAGCCUGUGAACCAUGCUAAUCUAAGACUCCUCUCUCUAGUGAACAGUCUGUCCAGACCCUGAAGUAUUCCCUAGCUUCCGACAUUACCCUCUGCCAAUUCAAUGAUUCCUGUGGAAGGAUUUGAGAAGAAUCAUUUUCCAAGUCCUUGGACAGUGUUUCCUUGAAGCUGUCCAACUUCUUCACUCCACAGAGUAUCUAUCCAUCCUUCCACACUCAUGGGAGAUUGGGAGGUCUGUCUUUCUCUAAUGCUAUCUUAUUGCUUUGGUGUGGGAUUUGAACAAAAUUCUGCUGUUCAUGGGUUAAUAAACUUCACU